CCUUGAACCACUUCUUUACUCAUCAGCUAUGGGUGCAGUUUUCCACCACAUUUCGCAAUGAGCCAGGCUUUGACCAGUUGCUUCUAGACACUUGCCCUGAAUACCAGAAGACAUUAGAAUCAGGUUCAGAAAUGCCCUUGGUGUGUUUGACAGACUUUCGGGCACAGGCUCAGGAGCGGCUGUCUAAGUCAACUUGGGAUUAUAUUGAAGGAGGGGCUGAUGAAGGCUUAACACGGGACGACAACAUCACAGCAUUUAAAAAAAAUCUCUUUGUUGUCACGCACAGAAUUCGCCUGCGUCCACGGUACCUGAGAGAUGUGUCUGAGGUGGACACCCGGACCACAAUCCAAGGGGCUGAGAUCAGUGCCCCCAUUUGCAUUGCACCCUCAGGUUUCCACUGUGUCGCCUGGCCAGAUGGAGAAAUGAGCACAGCCAGAGCUGCCCAAGCAGCUGGCAUCUGCUACAUCACCAGCACGUAUGCCAGUUGUAGCCUUGAAGACAUUGUUUCAACUGCUCCCAGUGGUCUUCGAUGGUUUCAGCUCUAUGUUCAGCCAGACCGGCAGCUAAACAAACAGCUGAUCCAGAGGGUAGAAUCCCUGGGAUUCAAAGCCUUGGUAAUCACUGUGGAUGUACCCACAGUUGGCAAUAGGCGACAUGACAUAAGAAAUCAAUUGGAUUUGAAGAUGAACUUAAUGCUGAAGGAUCUUCGAGCACCUGAAGAGAAAAAUUCAAUACCUUAUUUACAAGUAUCCUCUAUCUCCAAAUCUCUCUGCUGGAAUGAUCUCUCCUGGUUUCAGGGCAUAACUCGAUUGCCCAUCAUCCUUAAAGGAAUUUUGACAAAAGAAGAUGCAGAGUUAGCUGUGAAGCACAAUGUCCAAGGCAUCAUUGUUUCCAACCAUGGUGGGAGGCAGCUCGAUGAGGUCCCCGCUACAAUCGAUGCGUUGACAGAAGUGGUGGCUGCUGUACAAGGGAAAAUCGAAGUGUACCUGGAUGGCGGGGUCCGAACUGGCAAUGAUGUGCUAAAGGCUCUGGCUCUUGGAGCUAAGUGUGUUUUUCUUGGGAGACCAGUCCUGUGGGGUCUUGCCUGCAAGGGUGAACAUGGGGUUGAAGAAGUUUUGAACAUUUUAAAAAAAGAGUUCCACACUUCCAUGACCCUUACAGGUUGCCGAUCCAUCGCUGAGAUCAGUCGAGACCUGAUUCAGUUCUCCCGGUUGUAAGGAACAAGAGCUAAUGACUGGAUGCCAAGGUUGCCCACAGGAGGAAGGCGAGCUCAUGGUGUGCUGUGGAAUGCCGUCUUGCCUGGGGCUCACCCAUCCCAUCCCAGCACCCUCAAACCUCCACCCUUGUGCCUCAGGCCCUCUUAUGGGGAGGAACUAAAGGAACACAGUACUAGAGAUGAUGAUCCUGAUCCUAGUCUUUCAGUGUUGUAAGCAUGUCAGUUCGUUCCUCUCUGUACUAGUAUGGAUAGACGUAACUGCUUUUGCUUUAACCAUAUGUAAAGGAAGAACCUGAAUGAACAAAUUAAUUAAUUAAUGAAAUCCUCCUCAUCUUCCUCAGAA